UGAUUUUGAUAAAAUUAAUUUUGGUUUGCAAUAAUUUCACUGUCCUGGUGUCCCUUGUCGAAGAACCAUUUCUCUGAGUGAAUUAGAGUUGUUAAGAUUCGUUUUGAGCUGUUUCUUUUUCAUAUUCAUUCCUUAAUCAAACAUGUUCCAAUAACAACCAUAUUGGUCUGUUGACCUUUGCAGAGACAGUGAAAUCGGAAGAUGGAGGUGGUAGCUUCUGUGUGAAUCAGAAUCCGAUGGCGUGUGAGGAAGUGGCUAAUUCGAGGCCUCUGUUCCUCACGAUCUACACUGUUGUCAUCGUUGGCAUCGUUUUCUCCUCAUUCUACAUCUUCUCCGCCUUAUACUCCUCAUCCACCAACCCUGCUGCUUGGUCAUCUUUCAGUCCUCAUACGAAUGAUGAUCCUCAUCUUACAGAUAAAAUACUCAACAGUUCUCACUCAGCAACUGUGCAUGUUGCGCCCUCUCCUUCCCAGGAGACACAGCAUGUGUCCACAAGACCUAUUUUGAAUGUUCCUCCAGUCAGUAAAAAGAUGCCACCUUUGAAGUCUUUCCGACUGACAAAAAAACUAGUUCAACAAAGGGUGAAAGAUAACAUUAUAAUAGUGACAUUUGGCAACUAUGCAUUUAUGGACUUUAUUCUGACUUGGGUUAAACAGUUGAAUGAUCUGGGAGUUUCUAAUUAUCUUGUUGGUGCAAUGGAUACCGAAUUAUUGGAGGCGCUUUAUUGGAAAGGCGUACCAGUUUUUGACAUGGGCAGCCACAUGAGCACAGUAGAUGUUGGCUGGGGGUCUCCAACAUUUCAUAAAAUGGGGAGAGAAAAAGUUAUUUUGAUAAACUCAAUACUGCCUUUUGGUUACGAGCUGUUGAUGUGUGACACUGACAUGGUUUGGUUGAAGAAUCCACUUCCAUAUCUUGCUCGUUAUCCUGAAGCAGAUGUUUUAACAUCCAGUGAUCAAGUUAUACCGACAGUUGUUGAUGAUAGACUGGAAGUUUGGCAAGAAGUUGGUGCUGCCUACAACAUAGGAAUUUUCCAUUGGAGACCAACGGAGUCUGCAAAAAAGUUGGCAAAGGAAUGGAUAGAACUGCUUCUAGCUGAUGAUAAGAUAUGGGAUCAGAAUGGGUUUAAUGAUAUUGUACACAGACAGUUAGGACCAUCUGUUGAUGAGGACAGUGGACUUGUUUAUGCUUAUGAUGGAAAUCUAAAGCUGGGAAUUUUGCCUUCAAGUAUCUUCUGUAGUGGACAUACAUAUUUUGUCCAGGCUAUGUAUCAGCAACUCAGGUUGGAGCCAUAUGCAGUGCACACAACAUUUCAAUAUGCAGGCACUGAAGGAAAGCGUCACAGACUGCGAGAAGCCAUGCUUUUCCGUGAUCCACCAGAAUACUAUAAUCCUCCUGGGGGUUUCUUGUCAUUUAAGCCGUCUAUUCCGAAAAGUUUGUUGCUAAAUGGGAAUCAUACCAUUGAAUCACAUUUCACCCUUAUUAAUUACCAAAUAAAACAGAUUAGGGCAGCACUUGCAAUUGCUUCCCUUCUCAAAAGAACGCUGGUCAUGCCUCCACUAUGGUGCAGGAUUGAUAGGCUAUGGUUUCCCCAUCCUGGUGUUUUGGAAGGGUCUAUGACCAGACAACCUUUUCUGUGUCCUUUGGACCAUGUAUUCGAGGUGAAUGUCAUGUUGAAAGAACUCCCAGAGGAAGAGUUUGGCCCUGGAAUAGAUAUCAGAGAGUAUUCAAUUCUUGAUAACCCCUCUCUGCCCUCAGAGGUGAAAAAUUCAUGGCUUGAUGUUCAGCUCUGUAAAGAAGGAACCCAAGACUGUAAUGCAUCAAAUAAUAGCACAGUUGGGAAAGUGCUUAAAUUUCCAAAGCAUAGCAAUGAAGAAACGUUCAUUAAAGUAUUUUCAUCAUUCAAGGAUGUAAAAGUCAUCCAAUUCUCUUCAAUGCAAGAUGCUUUCACGGGUUUCAUGGACAAGGAAAGCGAAGAUAGAUUCAGAAAACGUGUUAAGCAUUACACGGGUAUAUGGUGCUGUGUGCUGGAUCACAAUCCUGGCCACAUAUAUUAUGAUAUGUACUGGGAUGAGAAACCUGAAUGGAAGCCAAUCCCUCCUCAAACUUCUGCAGAUGAUCAUCCACCUUGGUGAGGUCAACUUCAAGAUUACCUUUGUUAAAACACUACGAUGGACAAUAUACACACAAGAUAUUCAAAGGUGGUUGCUCAUUGUCAAGACCAAGAUUGUAUACUCCAAAGUAAAUAAUCUUUUAGUUAUCAGAGAUGAGACAAUGUUAUUCUUGUGUAACAAUGGCAAGAAAAUGUUCUAUCAAGUUUGAAGCAUUUCUAACUAGAGAAUUGGAAGCCUUCAACUUCUUAGAUGAGGCUGUAAUUUUCAUCCAUAGAUAUAAUAUUAAAAUAUUUGAUGGUUGAGAUUGAAUCA